ACUCGGUUUCCUCCUCUAUCGGCCUGACUGCCAGCGGCGGCCGCCGCGAAACCCUAGACCACCGUGAGCGAGCGUGAGCUCCAUUACCGAGCCUUACACAUGAUGGGUUGCGGCACAGCCUCCCACGGCGCUCUGCUCGCCGUGGUGCCGUUCGCUGGCCCGCGACCCCGGGUGCUAUCCCUGUCGCCGCCGCCGUCGACGCCGGCUAUUCAGAUUCACAGUCGACUUUAUUCGAUUUCACAGCUUCCCCUACCAAAGGCUCGAGGCAAAGGAAGAUGCGAGGCUUCUCUAGCAAGUAACUACACGAAUACAUCAGAGUUUGCUGAUUUGGAUUGGGAGAGCCUUGGUUUUGGGCUAGUGGAAACCGACUAUAUGUAUAUCGCAAAAUGUGGGCCGGAUGGGAACUUCGACAAGGGUGAAAUGGUGCCGUUUGGGCCCAUAGCGAUGAACCCAUCUUCCGGAGUCCUAAAUUAUGGACAGGGAUUGUUUGAAGGCCUAAAGGCGUAUCGGAAAAGUGAUGGCUCCAUCCUGUUGUUUCGCCCAUUGGAAAAUGCGACGAGGAUGCAAACUGGUGCCGAGAGGAUGUGCAUGCCUGCACCUCCGGUCGAGCAAUUUGUGGAUGCAGUAAAACAAACUGUUUUAGCAAACAAGAGAUGGGUGCCUCCUACUGGUAAAGGUUCUUUGUAUAUCAGGCCACUACUUGUGGGAAGUGGUGCUGUUCUUGGUCUGGCACCUGCUCCUGAGUAUACAUUCAUUAUUUUCGCCUCCCCUGUUGGGAACUACUUUAAGGAAGGAUUAGCUCCAAUAAAUUUGAUAGUUGAAGAUAAGUUUCAUCGGGCUACCCCUGGUGGAACUGGAGGUGUGAAGACCAUCGGAAAUUAUGCCUCGGUCUUGAUGGCUCAGAAGAUUGCAAAGGAGAAAGGCUAUUCUGAUGUUCUCUACUUGGAUGCUGUUCACAAAAAGUAUCUCGAAGAAGUAUCUUCGUGCAAUAUUUUUGUUGUGAAGGGCAAUGUUAUUUCAACUCCAGCAAUAAAAGGAACAAUAUUGCCGGGAAUCACAAGGAAAAGCAUAAUUGAUGUUGCUCUGAGCAAAGGCUUCCAGGUCGAGGAGCGCCUUGUGUCCGUGGAUGAGCUGCUUGAUGCUGAUGAAGUGUUCUGCACAGGGACCGCUGUAGUAGUGUCUCCCGUGGGUAGUAUUACAUAUCAAGGGAAAAGGAUAGAAUACGCUGGCAACCAAGGAGUCGGUGCCGUGUCUCAGCAACUAUACACGUCGCUGACAAGCCUCCAGAUGGGCCAGGAGGAGGAUUCGAUGGGCUGGACCGUGCAACUGAAUUAGUAAAAAUCUGCUUGCCGCCCUUGUAUGGAUGAUUUUCCUAGAGUCAGCCUAGAUUAAGCAUGAUCAUGGACACCCAGGAUUGAAAAAGCAUGAUCUCAGUUUUGUAGGCUCUGUCGAAUUGGCGUCCUGGUGCACAUCUGUAGAUGGUGGCGCUAGUCGCUUAGCCAAUCUGCGUAUGCGCCUUUUUUGAGAUUUAGUCUUGUGGAUACCCAUAGCCUAUGUGCUGACUAGCGAGCGAUGUAAAGCAUCAUUUGUCAUAUGGCGUACCUUGGUUUAUGAUGAUGAUGAUGCAAUAAGGGAUUGGUGCUAGGAAAACUUCGAAGUGUGUUUCUUCCUAGAAAUGCUGGUAAACCAAACCGUGCACGCACGUUCCAACCC